AUGGUUGCGUCCUUCGAGUGUGCUCUCCUUAUUGCACAAUCCAAAAAGCCGCACACUAUCGGGGAAACUCUGAUCAAACCCGCUUGUGUAAAAAUUGCAGAAAUAAUGUGCGGGACACAGGUGGCUUCCAAACUUAAAACUGUACCUCUGUCCAAUAAUACAGUAAAAGACAGAAUCGACAUAAUGGCAGAUGAUGUUGAGAACACGUUGGUUGAAAAGUUAAAGAUGCACCCAUUUUCUAUCCAACUUGAUGAAACUUUCACUGUGGUAGAUGAAGCAGUACUCAUUGCAUAUGUGCAGUACAUUGAAGAUGCCGAAAUAAAGCAGGACAAUCUUUUGUCUACUAAUUUGUCAACAACGACACGAGGAGAAGAUAUUUUCCAUUCGAUUGAUACGUACUUCACCAAGCAAAACAUUCCCUAUAAUAAUUUAGUCGCAUGGUGCACAGAUGGAGCUGCUUCAGUGAUGGGGAAAAAUAAGGGCUACAAUGCGCAUGUGAAGGAAAAGGCUCCUCACUGUCUUGUGUUUCACUGUAUGAUACACCAUCAAGCCCAGGCCAGCAAACACCUCUCUGAUGAGCUGAAUGAAAUGCUCAAGACAGCUGUAAAAAUCGUCAACUUUAUUAAAGCCCAUCCGGUGAACAAACGAAUCUUUGCGGAGCUCUGUGAAGAUGAGGCACACCAGACACUCCUCCUUCAUACCGAAGUGCGCUGGCUGUCAAGGGGCCAAGUAACAUCAUACCUGGCUGAUAUUUUCAGUCUAUACAACGAAACAAACAAGCGCAUGCAGAGCGCGGAGGCAAACAUCCUGGAAUGCAAGGAAAUCAUUGAUUCAUUUGUGCAUAAAGUGGAAUUCAGAAAGAAUAAACUUAUGAAAAGGUACCUACAAAGCUUUCCAUCACUUCUCAAACAGACUGAGGGAAAUUUACCUGAAUCCUUGAGAAAAGAGUUCACACGUCACAUGGAACUGCUACAGGAGGAGAUGAAGUCACGACUCUCGGAUGUUGAUGAACAUGUCGCCAAAUGCACAUGGGUAAUGGAUCCAUUCACUGCAAAGGAGGAGGACGUGGAGUAUUUAGAAGCGGAGGACGAGCUCUUGGAUGUUAAGACAAAUUCUCUUCUGAAGAGAUUCUUUACCGAACACGGGUACAAACGGUUCUGGCUCGUGAAAGGACCCGACUUCGCGCCUAAGCUUGUGCACCAUGCCACAACCAGACUCAUCCUGCCGUUUGCCACAACAUAUCUGUCGGAGACUGCUUUUAGCUCUCUGGUAACCAUCAAAACGAAGGCACUCAACAAGCUAGACUUGUACAAUGACUUUCGUCUAGCUGUCACAAAAAUCAUGCCUGCUAUCCAAUCUCUAGCUCAAGAAAUGCAGGCCCAGGACUCACAUUAA